AUGAAUGUGACGCGUUGUCACCACAGCAACAACGGGACGCCAAGCAAUGCGCAUUUGCUUGUAGGCAUAUCGGUUGAAGAGGAAUUUUGCAGCAGAAUAAUGCCUCCAAAGAAGAAGAAAGGGAAAAGUAAUAUCAAUAAGUCAAAGACCAAAAAUAAGAAAACAAAUGAGGGGGGAAAUGAAUUGGCGGAGAAGUACAGGCGAAGUGCAUUGGAUGUAACAGUUCUGAGGGACCAUCUUGCUCUGCGAGGGGACGUGGCACAGCAGGCCCAGUCCAUCAGUCAUGACCUGAGAUCUCGUAUGCGGGACAUGGAGCAGCAGCUCCACCAUGAGAGAUUGGACCGCAAAGACGUCAGUGCAGAUCUCACCCGUCAGUAUAAGACCAUGCAAACAGACAUGACGGUCAAAGUGAAAAAGCUGGGGGAUGAGGCCAUUUUGCUGCGAGAACAGCUUGCUCAGUGUCAGGAGGAGCUGAGGGCAGAAAGGAAAGCGCAUGAGCAGUUGCAGCAGGAGAAGGAUACCACAAUAGCUGACUUACAAAACAAACUGGACAACAUGGAGACCGACUAUGAGAAGAUUCUGCAUGACACGUUGGACAGUUUGACCUCCCAACUGGCUGAGGCUCGACUGCGGUGGGAGCAUGAGAGUACUGUUGUCCAUCAGGAAUACAAAGAGCUGCUCUCUGACUUUGGCUUGAACUCACUGGACAUCUGAAGGACUCUAAUUAUGUAACCAGGGCCCGUAUUCAUAAAAUGUCUCCGGGUAAGAGUGCAGAUCUCGGAUCCAUGUCCCCCCUUUUACCCCCCUGUCCAUGUACAUUUCGUUACAAUCUAAAAGGCUACAUAGAUCCUAGAUCAGCACUCCUACUCUGAUAAUCUUUAUGAAUACUGGCCCUGAUCACCACCACAUAGUGCCAUUGCUUGUAUAAGAGCAGGCACACCAGGCGCUCGUAUGUGUCAAGCGUCUCAGAGUUGGAGUGUUGAUCUAGGAUCAGUUUUCUUUUUUAGAUAAGAAUGAAUAACAUUACAUGGACAGUGAGGACCUGAUCCACAUCAGCACUCCUACUCUGAGACGCUUGACACACAUUAUGGCAAAGGAAAUAGAUAGAUUCCGUGUUGAUUUGAAGUCAUUCAUUAACGAGAAGGAAAACUUAAUGACAAUAAUGUAACAACCAGUGUUUGAUUCAUUUUGUUACUGUGUCUUUCAUGAUGUAUAAUACUUCUUAAAAUACUUCUUAAAUACA